CCCGAUCUCUCGGCUAGUGCAGUGGAGCGGAUUAUACGCCGUGUGUCUCAAAAGAAAACCGUGUUCAACCCAUACAAGCCACUUCAGAUAAACAAGUGACAUUCAGCCUACAGCUGAAGCUAUUGCCCAACCCUGUCACCAUGGAGUUCGUGGCCUCAAAACUUCACAAAUUCACAGCUUUGGCCAUAACGCUAUCCCUUUACCUGCAACCCUCCUUCUCCUCCAAUUCUUUCUCCAAUAACUCCUCUCUCCCCGCCAAGUCCUCUUCCUCCUCCUCUCCAGGCCUUUCCGUCUCCCACCAGGUGGGCAUCGGCAUCCUGACUGUGGCGCUGAUCUUGGGUUUCCCCGGCAACCUGUUUGUGGUGUGGACAGUGCUGUGCCGCGUGCGCCGGCGCUCUGUCACCUGCAUCCUGGUGCUCAACCUGGCCUCGGCCGACGCCCUCGUCCUGCUGACCGCUCCGCUCUUCCUGCGCUUCCUGACCGCAGGUGUGCACGGCUGGGAGUUUGGCGGCGCGGCGUGCAAGACCGUCCACUAUCUGUGUGCCGUCAACAUGUACGCGUCCAUUUACCUGAUCGCCCUCAUGAGCGCCGACCGCUGGCUGGCCACCAGCCGUCCGUUCGUGUCGCAGCGGCUGCGCACCAAGCGGGCGCUGAUGGCCAUCAUAUUGGCGCUGUGGGUGCUCGCCUUCCUGAUGGCACUGCCCAUGCCUUUCUACCGCAGCAACUUGCAGAUUUUACGACAUAAGAACAUCUCGUCGUUCUUCUGCGUGCCAUUCCACUGGAACAGCGUGCGUCACGAGGCCUUCCAGUACCUGACCGAGACGCUGCUGGGCUUCCUGCUACCGUUUGUCCUCAUCGCCGGCUGCUACUCCUCCGUCUUCCGGCGCUUGCGCUCAGCCAUGUUCCAGGGGCGCGGCCGCGGCAACUGCCUCAUCCUCCUCAUCCUCGCCGCCUUCGCUGUCUUCUGGCUGCCCUACCACAUCAUCAACAUCCUGCAGGUGAUUGGACUGCUUAAUGAUUGGGAGUGGGGCAAGUCGGCAGCUUAAGCGGGGUGGCGCUAACGCGGACAGCGUUAAGCCUUCUUCAGCAGCAGCGUGAAUCCUGUGCUGUACGUGUUCGCCGGCAGCUCGCACAUCCGCAACGCAGGCCUGGGCUUCAUGGCGCGCCUGUUCGAGGGCACCAACUCCGACGGGACUUCGCGCAGCAGUCGCACCAGCCGCAGCUCUGUGCCUGACGAGAGCUCGGCCUUCCACAAGCUCUCGAGGAAGCUGACCGGCCGUGGGGGCGGAGGACGAGGAGGACGAGGAGAGAGUGUGACAAUCAAUGAGGAGGACACGAAGAAGAUAGCCGAGCUGAAAACCCUCAUGGCGGUUGCAGAGUAGAAUGGAGAGGCAAUGUGUUUGUGUUUGUGUAUGUGUGUGUGUGUGUGUGUGUGUUUGUGAGAGAGAGAAUGAGGAAGAGAGAGUGACAGAGAAGGAGAGAGAGGAGAACAGGGAGUGUGUAGUUGUGUGUGUGAGAGAGUGAUGUGUUGUAAGUGUUAGUGAGUGUUGAAAAGUGGCAAACUGGUAAUCUGGGUUACUUCCUGGAGCCUUGUGCAAGUGACGUUAUAAAAUAUUUUUAUACUGUGAAUAUUGUUCCUCUGGUUGUUGUGCACAUUGUAUUAUGAGAUUUUUUAUUUAAUAUCAUUGCUCUAUCAAGUAGCAUUGGAGAACAGUUUAUUUUGCUUCUUUAUAUGUAAAUAUGUACAUGCUCAGCCAUAUAGGCCUCUGAUUUGGCUUGCAUUAUCAUGUAUAAUCAUAUAACACCCAUAAUAGACUACAAUUCAGUAGCCAUGUUUAGAUUUUCCCCAAGUUGUUGUUUGACAGGAAACUUUCAUUCAAAUAAAAGUCCAAAUAAUCA